GCGGUGGCGAGGAGGGGGGGGGGGAUGCGUGUGCUGCAGCAGCCGAAGAGGGGAUCCUAAUCCAGAGAUCUGCCACGGCCGUGUCACUUCUCCACUGGAGGGCGAGUGGUACAACAUCACCGGGACACUCCGGCAGCGGGGUCGGUGGAGGGGGGGGAGACACACAGACAUACACGGACCGGACAGUCGGACGGGAGACGGGACAGAGCAGAGCAGCUGGAAGACAAACAGACGGAGACAACACGUAGAGAGAGAGAGAGCGAAAACAGGACUCCUGCAAAGCAGCAUUUCCUUUUUUUUCCGCCGUGGGAUUAAACCUCAGCCCGGUCUCCCGUCGCCGAAAUCACGCCAAGACAUGAGCUUCUCCCACUGAACGUCAUUGAUGCUGAACUGAGCGGUCCAGUGCUGUCCUCCGGUGUUACCCCUCCCCUCAAUUUUCUGGACCCCUGUCUGUCACCCGGUCUGUGAGCAGCCAUGACGAAAUCCUACGAAUUCAACUGGCAGAAGCACCUGCCCGAGUUCAUGCAGGAAGGCGCCUCCUUCGACCGGUUUGAUGAGGACCCGUUCGUCUUUGAGCCCAACUGUCAGAUGAAGGUGGACGAGUACGGAUUUUUCCUCUGCUGGAAGAGUGAGGGGAAGGAAGGUCAGGUUCUCGAGUGUUCCCUCAUCAACAGCAUCCGCGUCGGUGCCGUCCCAAAGGACCCCAAGAUCCUGUCGUCAUUCGAGGCCAUCGGAAAGACGGAGGCGGACCUGGAGGGCUGCAUCAUCUGCAUCUGCAGCGGCACCGACCUGGUCAACCUCAACUUCAUGUUCAUGGUGGCGGAGAGCCCCGACACAGCCAGGAAGUGGAUCGAGGGUCUGCGGUCCGUGAUUCACAACUUUAAGGCCAACAACGUCUGUCCAAUGACCUGCCUCAAGAAACAUUGGAUGAGAAUGUGCUUCCUGACCAAUGUGAAUGGGAAGAUUCCUGUGAGAGGCAUUACUCGAACAUUUGCAUCGGGAAAAACUGAGAAGGGGAUCUUCCAGGCCCUGAAGGAUCUCGGCCUGCCGAGUGGAAAGAACGACGAGAUCGAACCCUCGGAUUUCACCUACGACAUCUUCUACCUGCUCACACAGAAGAUCUGUCCUCGCACGGACAUAGAGGAACUCUUCAAGAAAAUCAAUGGGAACAAAACUGAUUAUUUAACCGUAGAUCAGUUAGUCAGCUUUCUGAAUGAAAAUCAGCGUGACCCUCGGCUAAACGAGAUCCUGUUCCCGUUCUACGACCCCAAGAGAGCCAUGCAGAUCAUCGAGAAGUACGAGAGGGAUGGAGAGUUGAAGAAGAAAGCAUGCAUGUCCAGCGACGGGUUCUGCCGGUACCUGAUGUCAGACGAGAACGCUCCAGUCUUCUUGGACCGGCUGGAGCUGUACCAGGACAUGGAGCAGCCCCUGGCCCACUACUUCAUCAGCUCCUCCCACAACACCUACCUGAACGGGCGCCAGUUUGGAGGAAAGUCUUCAGUAGAGAUGUACCGCCAGGUGCUGCUGUCAGGAUGCCGAUGUGUGGAGCUGGACUGCUGGGAUGGGAAAGGAGAGGACCAGGAGCCCAUAAUCACUCAUGGCAAGGCCAUGUGUACAGACAUCCUGUUCAAGGAUGUUAUCCAAGCCAUCAAAGAGACCGCAUUCGUGACCUCAGACUAUCCGGUUAUUUUGUCCUUUGAAAACCAUUGCAGUAAACCACAGCAGUACAAGAUGGCCAAGUAUUGUGAGGAGCUCUUUGGCGACUUCCUCCUCAAGCAGCCUCUGGAAAAUUACCCGAUUGAAGCGGGACGCUCUUUACCUUCUCCAAAUGACCUCAAACGCAAAAUCCUCAUCAAAAACAAACGCUUGAAACCUGAAGUUGAACAGAAGCAGCUUGAAGCCUUCAAGAAACACAUGGAGGCAGGAGAGACAAACACCCCCGCCAUCAUUAUGGGAGAGGAGAAUGAAGAGGACACAGAGAAUGGAGAAAAGGAGGCGGAGGACAAGGAUUUGAAUUCAGAGGCAAUUAGCAGUCUGUCAGAAGCGACCACUGAGAAAGAGGCCAAUAGCGUUUCCAAGAGUAACGACGUCAGCACGACGAAAGACGAACGCAACAGCAUCAAGAAGGUGCCUGACGAUGAAGCCACGGAGAUGUCUGAAGCCACAGAAGCGACAGACGCCACAGAUAUCUCAGAGGCCUCCGAGCAAGACAAUAACAAGAAGGCUGUUGAAGAGCCGGAGGACUCUGAAGAGGCUCUGAUCGCUCAGUACACUUAUGUAGGAGCCACCACCAACAUCCACCCGUGGCUCUCAGCAAUGGUCAACUACGCUCAGCCCGUCAAGUUCCAGAGUUUUGAUGUGGCAGAGGAAAGGAACAUCCACCAUAACAUGUCGUCCUUUAACGAGUCGGUCGGUCUGGGCUAUCUGAAGACCAACGCCAUCGAGUUCGUCAACUACAACAAGCGUCAGAUGAGCCGUAUCUACCCCAAAGGGGGCCGGGUGGACUCCAGUAAUUACAUGCCUCAGAUCUUCUGGAACGCAGGCUGCCAGAUGGUCUCGCUCAACUUCCAGACCCCAGAUCUGGCCAUGCAGUUGAACCAGGGAAAGUACGAGUACAACGGCUCCUGCGGGUACCUGCUGAAGCCCGACUUCAUGCGGCGGUCAGACAGGAUGUUUGACCCCUUCUCAGAGACUCCUGUGGACGGAGUCAUAGCUGCGACCUGCAGCGUACAGGUGUUCUCUGGACAGUUCUUGUCUGACAAGAAGAUCGGCACAUACGUCGAGGUGGACAUGUACGGGCUGCCGACCGACACCAUCCGCAAGGAGUUCCGCACGCGCAUGGUGAUGAACAACGGAUUGAACCCGGCCUACAACGAGGAGCCCUUCGUCUUCAGAAAGGUGAUCUUACCGGAUUUGGCAGUACUGCGCAUCGGCGUCUAUGACGACAACAACAAGCUGAUUGGCCAGCGUCUCCUGCCUCUGGACGGCCUGCAGGCCGGCUACCGUCACAUCUCGCUGAGGAACGAGGGCAACAAGCCCCUGUCGUUGCCCACCAUCUUCUGCCAAAUCAUCCUCAAGACCUACGUGCCCGACGGCUUCGGAGCCAUCGUGGAUGCCCUAUCGGACCCGAAGAAGUUCUUGACCAUAGCGGAAAAAAGAGCCGACCAGAUGAAAGCAUUGGGGAUUGACACGAACGACAUAGCGGACGUCCCCAGCGGGAGCUCGAAGAGCGACAAGAAGGGAAAAGGUAAAGGAGACACCGUGAAGGCCAGCGUGACUCCUCAGGCCAGCUCCGACAUGGCCCAGACCUCCAACUCCGCCCAAAACAACACAGCAGAAACCAAGAAAGAUAACACGCUCGUGCCUAAUGUCAGCAUUGAUGACUUAAAACUAAUGAAGACGUACCUUAAACUGAUUAAAAAGCAACAGAAGGAGCUCAACAGCCUGAAGAAGAAACAGUCAAAGGAUCAAACCACAAUGCAGAAAUCCCACUGCAGCCAGGUAGACAAGAUGGUGUCUCAGCACGAUAAGGAGAAGACCACCCUGGAGAAACUGUUGGAGAAGGCCAUCAAGAAGAGAGGGGAAAACAACUGCCAAGAGCUUAAGAAAGAGACGGAGGAUAAGAUCCAAAACCUGGUCGCCGACCACAAAGUCAAGGUGAAGGACAUCACGGCGCUGCACACUAAGGAGUGGUCCCAGCUGCUCAGCAGCCACAGCGGCGAGGAGCAGGGCCUGAAGGACGCCCACGUCACGCAGCAGUGCGAACACCUCAAGAAGCUCCUGAGCGCCGUGCAGGAGCAGCAGACCACGCAGCUGAAGCUCAUCCACGAGCGGCAGAGCAAAGAGAUGCGUGCCAACCAGGCCAAGAUGUCCAUGGAGAACAGCAAAGCCAUCAGCCAGGACAAGUCCAUCAAAAACAAGGCCGAGAGAGAAAGGAGAGUACGAGAGUUGAACAGCAGCAACACCAAGAAGUUCCUGGAUGAGAGGAAGAGGCUGGCCAUGAAGCAUCAGAAGGAGAUGGAGCAGCUGGAGAAGAACCAGAGAGAGCAGUUGGAUAAACUGGAGAAGUUCAACGAGCAGCUUUUGAAAUCACACCAUGCAAACAAACAGGUUCAAGGCCAAGGACAUGCAGCAGAUGGUGAAGUUGGAGGAGGAGAUGGACCGCAGACCUGCCACGGUGGUGUGAGCGACUGAGGCCGACAGAGGAGCACGCACGCGCACACACACACACACACACGUUCACGCAUAAAGCCCUCUACAAACCGGAGACAUUAACCCUGCCUGCAUCGCUAUCUCUCACACACACACACACACACACACACACACAGUGACCCUGUGACCUUUACACACACACUGAGGUCACGCCGCUGAGCCACUGGUGCUUAACGCGGUCACAUGGUUUAACCACUGAGAGCAAAGUGUUGCCACAUGUAUCAUCUUCUCUGCAUCCCCACAAGCUGCAGCUAUUGCGUGACACACACACACGCACGCACGCACGCACACACACACACACGCUCAUUCACAGGAGGUGGAAUUCCAUUUUGGCUUUACUUUCUUUUCUUAAAGUCGGCACCCGAUUAAACCCUCCAGAAGUAGUUUGGAAGAGGGCAAAAGAAUACAAAUGAAUAAACUCUUUGUGAAAUACACUGUAUACUACACACCAGUCCUGUCACCUGAGCACCUUGUAUGUGAUAGGCCAUCAUAACACCGUGGAACAUGUAGCAGUGCACUACUGUAGGUUUUCUGUCUUCAGUAAGAAUGUAUUUAAAACUAAUAAUCACUGUAUGAAGGACGAACGAUGCAUGUUAUGGGACCUGACAAACAUGUUUCACUGACUUCUGUUGUCCAUGUAAAAGCCACAUGUAUAAAAGGCUUUUUAGUUUGCCCAGUCAGAAGACUAUAAAGGGAUCACGAUGGGAUGGAUGCUCACUUUGUUCAUGGGAGAUUGUGUACCUGCAGUCCUAAGCUUGUGCUUGUACACUAUGCAAAAAGAAAUCCCUCCAAAGUUUAAAGGUGUACGAAAUACGGAAAAGAGUGACCAAAAGGAGUCAAGAAAGCUCCACACCUCACUGAAAAUACGAUGAUAUAAUAAAGGGAACGUCCACCAGUGAAUUAAAAGGAUAAAAUGAAACAGAAUGAAUCCGCUCUUGACAGCCCAGUAAUUCCGCGGUAAGACAUUGUGUCACGUGACCAGGCGGGAACCAGAGGAGACCGCUGCCAGCUCCACGUCGUCCAGUCGCUCCGUAGAGGCCCUGCAGAGGGCCCCCUCAUUACCUCCCAGCCUCAGCUCGUCAUCUAACGGCACGUUUCUCACAACGCCACACCCCCCUGGACCUGAUCCCCACGGGCUCCCAGAGGGCCGAGAGAAGCACUGUGGUGAAAAAACCGUGGGUUGAAGUUUUAUUAUCAAGUAAUCCUUUGAGUAUCAAUCGUUGUGCUCAUAGGAUCCAGCAUUCUCGCUAACAAACAAAAAAAAACAACAACAACCAAAAGUGAUGAUUUAAAGCAGCGCGAGGUAUUUGGGCCUUUCUGUAUUCUGCUGCUGUGUCCCAUCCGAGGCAGACGGGCGGUUAUUGUAAAUACUGGAAUGUACGUAGUCUGAUUUACUGUUUGAGCCUGCUGUCAUACGAGGGCUCAGGGGACGCCGUGGCUCUGUGGGUGUUGGGGAAAAGACAUUUAUCAAACCGCUGGGUUUCGUCUUUGUUCCAUUUGUCCCCGUUUUCUUUUCUUUUUUAAGUGUGCCCUUAUUGCACCACACACCACAGUAUAAAACACUCUCACCACAUAUCUAGUGCAGAGAUAAACAAGUAAAAAGUGCUUUUAAAUUUUAUUCCAUCGCUUUCAAAUGUGCCACUUGGUGUCUGUUAGGAUGGUAAAAUUAUUUUAUGAAUGACAAAAUGCCAAAUUAAGGGGUUAUUUAUAUGAAGAUAUAUAUAAAUAUAUAUAUUAGAUAUAGUGUAGUUUAAGAUUAUUCUGUUUGUUAGAGGCUUUUUUGCACUAGUUGAAUGUUUGUUAUGUGAUUAAAUGUAACCUUUGUCUCUAGUUUGUCAGAAAAGCUGAUUAUUUUUGCAGUGCACGUCACCCAUUUGAUUUCUUCCGUUUCUAUUGUAGCUCCUUUGUUUUCUAUUGAAACUGUAGCUUGUCAACAAACCAUUUUGUGCGUGUUUUUGUAUUUAUAUUGUAUUGUUGAACUCAAAGCAAUGAAAAUACUGUUGUUAUCCAGCUCCUUUAAUACUGUUUUAUAGUAUGUGUACCAAUAAAUCCAGGUGUAAAAUGGGA